ACACCCCCACCCCAUUCCCCACCCUUCCAGAGGCCCCCGUCACCGCCGGCCGCUGCCCCGCCGCAGCAGGGGAUGCCGCCGGCGGUAGCGCCCGACCCGCCCCGCCAAAACCCUAGCGGGCCCGACCUCCCCGCCGCCGCCGCGGCCCCCAUGGCGAGCCCGGGCCUAGGGCUCGGCCUCGCGCCGCCGGGCGCGGAGCCCUCCGCCCGGGCGCCGCCGCCUUCGCGCCGCGCGCCCCGCCUGGCCAAGAGGCGACACGCGCCCGCCUCGUCCCGCUCCCGCGCCCCGCAGCCCCCCACAGGGACGUGGAACCCGUUUGGUGGUGGCGGCGGCGGCGAUAUGGAUGGUCCGAGGCAGGAUGGGACGGGCGGGCUCGGAAGUGAGAACGGAGGAUUCGGGAUGGGUCAGGCCGGGUGCUUUGUGUUUGGUGCUGCUCCGGCAGUGAGCCAACAGGUUCGGGAGCCGUCAGCGGCAGCGGCUUCACCCAGUGAGGCAUCGUUUGUGUUUGGCAACGUGAGGGAUUGCCUGUCUGAGGUUGGGGAGGGAUUAUCUGCACCGUCAAAGCUGCCUGAUAGUAUGGAGAAGCUGAACCUCGGCACACCGGGAGAGUUUGGCUCUGGUUUUGGUCAGGGGAAGGAUCAAAAGGAUGGAUGUUCUGUAUUUGGUGUUGAUAUUUCUGGUUUGGUUUCUAACAUCCAGGUUAAUGUGCUCCCGGAGAAGCUGACACAGUUGAACUUAGGCUGUGGAGCACCCUCGCAGAGUGAGAAGGGUGACAUUGGUAAUGGUGUGCCAAAAUCAUUUGUGUUUGGAGGUAAUGUUGCUGGGACUUUUGCUGAUAGUAGGAAUGCUGCUGCCCCUGGUGCACAGUCAGAUGCUUCUGCCUCAGUUCUAGGCACUGAUGCCAAAGCUAUGCCUAAGAAGUCAACACAGGUCAUAAGUGAUCAGGCACCUUCCAGGGGGAAGGGGAUUGAAAAUACUAAUGGAGCACCUUUCGCUUUUGGAAGUACUGCAGCAAGUGUCCAUUUGGAUAGUACAAAUAGUCAUCAACCUGAAGUGUUUACAUUUGGGGGUGGAGGAGCCCCAGGUACUGCUUUUGGGAAGGAAACAAGCAGCUCUUCAGAUAGGAGCAGUGAAUUCUUCUCUGCAAACAGUUAUGCUUCUAGUUCAAACAGUGAUUUUCUCUCUACAGCAAAUAGCAAUGCUUCAGCUAAUGGCACUGACAGCUCGCCUCCAGAGAAGAAAUCAGAUUUGAGUGCACGAGGUGGAGUCAUGUCGCAAAGCAUGGAAAGUGAUAAUGCUAAUUGUCCACCGGAGGCACUGUUUGGAAGAAACGGAACCCGGAGCUCCAUUUCGCACUCAGCAAGCAUAGCCAUGGAUGAUGGAAGUAACUUUGUCAGUGAUGCAUAUACUAACAUCAGUUCAGCUCGUGGUACAGUGGAUGGUGCGCUUCCAGAGAAGAUGACAGAUUUAAAUAUAGGAUCUGGAAUUCCAUCUCAGAGCAGGGAAGAUGAAACUGUUACUCAACAACCAGAAGUAUUUGUAUUUGGAAGUAACGCGGAGGCUACUUCAGGAUAUGACGCUGUUCCCCAAUCCAAACAGGAGUCGCAUCCAUUUACAAAUUUGAAUUGUCCAGCUAGUUUCUCUACUUUUGGGACUGCAGUGCCAGCUUACAGUUUUGGAACCAUGAAUACAGAAAGAGAAGCUGCUCCUGAUGAUCCUUGUGCUGUCAAACAUGAUUUGCCUGGGUGUUCCAGAGAGACCUUAUUUGGUUUAGAUAGUAUAAAGUCUGCAUACAGGGAAAAAAACGAAGUACAUAAAAGCAAAAGGAAAAAUAGAAGACCAACUAGGCUAAAGCAAAAUGCUCAAGUCCAUCAUGUUGCUCCUAAGGAAACCUUUACCAAUGGAGAUUUAGCAGGUGACUAUUCACCAAUGGAUUGUUCCCCUUAUCCGGCAGAAACUGAACAUGUUUCAACCGAGGCAUAUGUGGCUUCAGACAAGUCUGUUCACAUAGGUGAUAGUGGUGUCCCUAAUUGGAACUCCAGUUGUGCAGAUGAUGAUCUAGUUUCUGCAACCGAGCAGUUGGUUAUUGACGCUGACCUUCAGGCAUUUGGAAAUGAAAGAGUACCGAAUGUAAAUGCAUCUGAAAGCAAUUUCGGGAGCAGCUUUUCUAGUUUUGAAGGAGAUGUAAGUAAAGCAUCACAACAUUCUUUCACUAAUGUCAAUAUUUUCUUGAAUGGUGAGCAUAAAAUAGGUGCAACAGAAGCUUGUCCUGAUGUUAAUGGGCAAGCCUAUGAUGAGAAUACCUACAGAACUCAGCAUGAUUUUGGUGAAGCUGUUGCUUUUCAACCAAGAUCUUCAAAUUUUGUUGGGCUGAACUUUAGCUUCGGUGCAUCGUCAUCUGAUAUUUCUGCAUCGGCACAAAGACGUAGCACAAGAAGGAAGUUAAGAACAAAAGGCACUCCAGCAUCUAAGUCAUCAAGUACCAACUCUUUUGUACAGCCAAAAUCUUCACAAGAUACGAAGGGCAUGCAAGUUUCCCGUGGAACAAGUAUAAAUGAAGACUUAGUGAAAGAACAAGCGACAAGAGAUUCUUCUUGUGCGGCCUUGGAGAUUUGUGAAACCUGGCGUACUAGUGGAAAUAAAGCCUAUGCAAACGGACACUUUGCUACUGCAGAGGAUUAUUACACCCGUGGAAUAAACUCUAUUUCCCAUCAUGGCGCUUCUGGGCACUGUUCCCGCGCAUUGAUGCUGUGUUAUAGCAACCGAGCUGCUACAAGAAUGUCACUUGGCAUGAUUCGGGAGGCGCUUCAGGAUUGUUUGACUGCUAUAUCAAUUGACCCCAGCUUUAUUAAAGCUAAAGUUAGGGCUGCAAAUUGCUACCUUGCAUUAGGUGAUCUUGAAGAUGCAUCAAGGAGUUACAUGUGCUGUUUGAACAAUAACACUUCAAGUUCUGACCCCAAAAUCUUUACUGAGGCUUCUGAUGGUUUGGAAAAAGUCAAGAGAGUGACAGAGUGGGUAUCCCAGUGCAAGGAACUUCUCGAGAAAAGAGCAUCUCCUGAAGCAACAACAGCCCUAGAAUUGAUCUCCAAUGCAUUGCGCAUAAGUCCACAUUCGGAUAGCCUCAAGGAGAUGAAAGCUGAGGCAUUGCUGAUGCUACGAAGAUAUGAAGAAGUGAUUCAACUCUGUCAGGAGUCUGUAAAUCCGGCUGAAAGAAAUUCAGUUUUAUUCAAUGCUAAUGGAGAACCAAAGAAUUCCAGAAUUUCUGAAAAGACACAAUUCUCUGGAAGUUAUUGGCGGCCCUACCUUAUUUGCAAAUCUUAUUUCCUUUCAGGAAAGCUUGAUGAAGCUCUUGAUUUGUUAAAGAAGCAUGAGCAAGUCACACUUUCCAAAGAAAGUGAUGAGAGGACAUAUCAUCAAUGUUUUUCAUUGUUGUCAGCAACUAUAAGACAACUACUCUCCCUUAAGGCUGCUGGAAAUGAAUUAUUUCAAGCUAGAAGAUAUUCAGAUGCUGUGGAACAAUAUUCAGCUGCUUUGGCAUGCAAUAGUGAAUCACGCCCGUUUUCAGCUGUCUGCUUUUGCAAUCGUGCAGCUGCAUAUCAAGCACUUGGUCAAGUUACUGAUGCAAUAGCAGAUUGCUCACUUGCCAUGGUUCUUGAUGCAAAUUAUCUAAAGGCAAUUUCAAGGCGAGCCACCUUAUACGAGAUGAUAAGAGAUUAUGGGCAAGCUGCUAAUGAUGUAAGGAAGCUAAUCUUGCUCCUUGAAAAGAAAGUCAAUGUGUCUGGAGUAUCACCAAAAGUUUUUAACAAGCACAGUGAUCUCAAGCAAGCACGUGCGCGGCUCUCAUCCAUAGAGGAUGAAGCAAAAAAGGAUACUCCGCUGAAUUUGUAUUUAAUCUUGGGAGUGGAGCCAUCCUGCUCUGCAGCAGAUAUCAAGAAGGCAUAUAGGAAAGCUGCAUUGAAACAUCACCCAGACAAGGCUGCUCAAUUACUAGUAAGAAACGAGAAUACUGACGACGGAUUUUGGAGGGAUGUUGUCAAGGAAGUUUAUGCAGAUGCAGAUCAUCUGUUUAAAACAAUCGCUGAGGCAUAUAAUGUUCUUUCGGACCCGGACAAGCGUCAAGAGUAUGACUUUGAAGAGGAUGUAAGAAAAUCUCGAAACAGAGUAUCUAAGUCCAGGAGUAUGCAUAGGUCACCUGAACAGAACUAUGGCAACAGAGGUUUUAAUCCACGUCAGUGGCAGUCAAGCAGAGCAUCACGCUCACGAUGGUAUGGCUACUCAGAUGAUUUCUGGUAAACUUAUUGGCAGCUAUAUAUGGUGUGGUCAUUGGCCGAGAAGCAACUUCUGCAUCAGUUGCAAUGUUGCAUGUGGAGCAAGGCCCCAUUUCACCAAGAUGAGUGGCACUUAUCUAGGGUUUCUAGCUUGACUGGCACAUGCAUGAUCUGGAGACAGGACAUCAAGUUAUCUUGGUUGGCUUGAUGGUGUGUGAACAUUAACUGCUUGGUAUUGGGAUCUGAACACUGACAACAUCAUCAAAGGUUAGAAACACGGAGAAAGAUAUUGGUUUCUCCAUAGGCAAAAUCAUUCUUUUGUGGAGUGCAUGGCUGCUCCUCAGGUUUACAGCGCCAAAGAUCAGCUGAAAGAAGAGGCAUGUCCUUUUCUGCGUGCUGUUGUAUUCUGUUUAUAAGGUAUCCAGAUAUUCUGACAUGCCUGGCGAUUGGAAACAAAGAGUGGUACAUAUUGUAACUGCCCAAUGUCGAAAUAUCCAAUUAUUUUUUCUUAUGACCAUGCGGUUUUGCUAGCUGAUGUAAGGCAUCACUUUUGCGUGUUUUAAGCAUGCGCGAGAUUUUGUAGAAACUCCUUCCAGAAAGGCAGAACGUCUGGCACAGCCCAGUAGUUUAUUGAUUGCUUCCGGUCAUCCGGAAAUAGGCCGUUUCAGCAGUGUCAUUGUAAAUCGAAUAACUUUAUACUAGUGACCUUUGGGACGUCA